UUGUUAUUCUCUUGUCUCGAAUGAUAGACACCUCAUGUGAUUUGUUAUCAUCCUUUGCUAUUAUUCUUGACAUAUUCAUUCCUAUUGGUGAAAUCCUGGAAAUGAGUUUAGAGCAAACAUUCAACAAAGCGGCAGAAGAAGUAAAGAAACUGUCUUCUGCUUCGAAUGACGACAAACUAGAACUCUAUGGUUACUUCAAGCAAGCUAAAGAAGGUGACUGUUCCACUGAAAAGCCCGGAGGUCUUUUUAAUCAGAAAGAAAAAGCAAAGUGGCAAGCGUGGAAUUCAAAGAAAGGUACUUCCAAAGAAGAAGCACAAAAAAAGUAUAUUGAAAAGGUCGAUCAACUUUGCGGUACCCAGUUUCGUCAAAGUGUUUCGUAGUUUCUCGUAUCAUUUAAUAAAGUAGAAUAGCAAAAG